AUGACAGUUUUAGUUUUGUCACUGAUUGGAGACAGCAUAAUACUAGUGAGCACUGUAAAGUAUAACGCUAUAAAGCUGCACAAGGUAAUAGUAGCUGUGAUGCAGAACCUUGCAGUUAUUGACAUUCUGCUCGCUCUGUUCGAAGUGUUACCCACCACCGUGGCACUGGUUGCAGACGGUGGGGUGGUCGGAGUGUUCCUCGGACAUGUUGGCAUCCACACCAAGAACAUGUGUGUUUCAGCGACUGUGCUGUUGAACUGUGCCAUGACAAUCCUAAAGCUGGUAUAUUUAAAGUAUCCUCUGAGAACUGCAGGGUUGUCAGCAGUGCUUGGUCACAAGAUAUGCGCGGCUCUGUGGAGUCUGAUGUUGUGUUUCUAUCUGCCCCUCAUCGUGGGCAGCAUGUUGUUCAUCAGGGACGAUAUCUACUUCGACUACAAAUCUUACACGUUCUCCUACAACGAACACUUUGCUCCAAUAUGGUUGAACUGGUACACUUUAAUCUGCUCUAGUGUUCUUCUCAUUACUCCCUGUCUUGUCCUCGUGGUCACAUCCGUCCUCAUCUUCGUAGUAGCGCACAAAGCAGCAUCUCGACAUGGGGGGAGACUGCGGAGAGAGGGUGCUGUAACAGUGCUGCUAACAGUGGGGGUCUUCUUUAUCUCCUUCCUGCCUAUCUGUCUGGUAGACCUGGUCUGGAACACAAGCCAGACGGAGCAAACGGAUUUUGUGGGAUUACAAAGCUACUGUAAAUCAUCACUGGACGCAAAGCAUACCGCUACCGACGAGGAAGAAUGCGUUUACCCCAUGAGAGGCGGGAAAAGUUUACUAGGCAGGAUAUUAGACAGGCUAACAAUCCAGGUUGAGCUCAGCGAGGAAGCUAAGGAAAUCUGUUAA